AUGGAGGCCCUUUCACCGCGUACCACAAACCAACUGAUCAGACCAAAAUCAGUAAUGGAUCGAAAGGGAAUCGAAAAACACCCCGCUGCGAGCGCUGCCCAGAAACCUACAUCGGCUUCAAAGAACCAUGCGGACCCGCCACCAUCUAUAGUCCCAGAACCGGAGGAUGGUGGGGAGAGCUACUCAAUAGGUGGCUUUCUAGGGAAAGGCGGCUUCGCGGUUUGCUAUGAGGGGACACUGACGCGCAAUUCUCGAGUGUUCGCAAUGAAGGUGGUCAAGUCCAAAAUGCCUCAGAAGAAAAUGGAGGAGAAAUUCCGUACCGAGCUCCAAAUUCAUUCCAAGAUGCGACACCCUUAUAUUGUCCAGUUUUACCGCGCAUUCGCUUUUGAGCAAAGUACAUACGUGGUGCUGGAGCUAUGUCCCAAUGGUUCAGUCAUGGAAAUGGUCCGCAAGAGGCGCUGCUUGAGCUUACCAGAGGUCCGACGGUUUAUGAUUCAACUUUGCGCCGCGGUCAAAUAUCUUCACAAACGAUUCGUCGCACAUCGUGACUUGAAGAUGGGCAAUCUGUUCCUCGACCACAACAUGAACAUCAAAGUUGGAGACUUUGGGCUUGCGGCCAUGAUCCUGUCAGACAAGGACGCCAAGCGACGAAACACCUUGUGUGGAACUCCGAACUACAUUGCGCCCGAAGUCCUUGACAAGAGCAAGGGCGGACAUACUCAGAAAGUCGAUAUUUGGUCGUUAGGUGUGAUAUGUUUUGCCAUGCUUACUGGAUACCCGCCUUUUCAAUCUAAGACCCAGGAAGAGAUCUACAAGAAAGUCCGCAGCUUGGCUUAUGUUUGGCCCAAAGAAUCCGACCACAACAACUAUAUCCCCGACGAAGCGAAAGAUUUGGUCGCCGCUUGCCUGAAUCUUGUCGACGAGCAACGGCCAGAUCCAGAUGAUAUUGUCGAGCACCCAUUCUUCAACAUGUACGACGGUUGCAUUCCUCGCCAGUUGGACCCUGCAUGCCGCACCAGCAAACCCGUUUGGCUCAAGGACCAAUCACCCCGAGGCGAUUCCAUGCUCAGUGGUUACGGCCUGGACUCCGACGAAAAGCUUCGGGCCUAUGUCUAUCAGGUCGACGAUCCUAGCCAGCGGUAUCAUUCUUGCAAAGCAGCAUUCUACACUCUCGCCGGAGUAGGACGCAAGCCAGAUGGAACACCGCGAAAGUCCGUGGGCAGGAACUGCUCGAAAUCCGCAUUCUCUGAAUGUGACGCUGAAGACUCCAAAGGACUACGCCCCGUGGUUCCUUUACCAAACAACUUUGUUUACCGUUGGCCACAUGAUGUUGAGGGAGAUUGGUGCUUGAUUGAGACGUCUCGCAAGGUCUUGCGCAGCGAGGACUCUUUGGCCGACAGCAGCACCCUCUCACGACAUAAUACCUCCAUCCGAGCCAACACCGCCGUGACCUGCCGUACCAAUGCGGCCCUUGUUGCUGCUCAACAGCGGAGGAUGGAGCCGCAGAGCCAUGCUGCAGCACUGCGCCAACAGGCUACUACUGGAAGAACACCUACUAAGAAGACUUUUGGUAUCAGCGAUCCUUCGGGUUCAUUUGGUGGAACUUAUUCUGGCCCCAAAGAAGCCAAACCUGAAGUGGUUACUCGUGAGGAGGCACCGUCUGGCGGAUUUGCGGAGCGUCCCAUUCGUACGCGCAGGAUGGUCUCUGCGUCAAAUGUACCCUCACAGCGAGAUAAGGAGAAAAAUGUACCUCAGCACCUCGCCAAGUCUACAAGUGUCCCGAACUCGUUGACAGUUGGCAAAACUCGUUCACAAUCCCGAAGAUUGGAAGCUGCUAGUCAGGCUUCACAACAACUUUCCAUUUCAACACGAGAGCGACAGCCGGUGGAAGAAAAGAAGCCGCUCGCGCGACAGACAACCCUACGAUCAACAUCUAGAACGGACACGAAAGCUAUCGAACCGAGACUUGAGCACCGGAAGUCUCCUAGUGAUGGUGGCUCCUCUUCAAGCUACCACUCUAAAUCUGCUUCUCAGUCCAACGGGAUCAACCGGUCCAACAGCAAAACAACCUCAUCGGGCAGCAAAGCCCGCUCCAGCCUGGGUCUCAGCCCUCUCUUUCACGCCGAGGAUAUCUGCGACCUGCUUCCGGGUACUUCGUUGACAGACGUAAACAUGGACCUUCGUCUGAUGCUAUCCAAUCUGGUCAACCAUGCACCAGGUCGGCGACGCGCUGGGUCCAGAAAGCAGCCCCAUACAUAUGUCAUCAAGUGGGUGGAUUACACCAACCGCUAUGGCAUUGGAUACGUCCUGGACGAUGGCAGUGUUGGGUGUGUCUUCAAAGGCGAGAACGGCCAACCGGCAACUAGCGUCGUUGUGCGAGAUGGCGAGAGACACAUUCGCCGCAAAGCUCGCAGCGAAAGCAAAGAGGAGGAGCCUCUACCCUACUCUGAAUCAGAUCAACUCAUUCCUCGAGACGGCGCACCGGUCGAGUUCUACGAGAACAAGGACGAUGACCUGCUAGGAUGUCGUGGGAUUCGACGGGCCAUGAUCUCUCCAGCUGUCUUUGAUGUGAAGAACCCGAAAGCAAUGAAGCGCAGCAACUCGGGCGUUGAGGCGGCCAAGUGUGACGCGGAGAAAACGAAGCGCGUCAAACUGGUUGACCAAUUCGGCAAAUACAUGAUCGGGUCGCUUGGCCGCCAUGGCGACGAGGGAAUCGCACUCGCUGACCUGCCGAGCUACAACAGUGGUCACUUCAUCAAAUUCUACCAGCGACUGGGCAAUGUCGGGAUCUGGGGGUUCGGUGAUGGCGCCUUCCAGUUCAACUUCCCUGAUCAUACCAAACUCGUCAUAUCUCCUGGUCGCACUCGCAGCUCAUCGCCAUGGAUAGACUUCUACCACCUGGCUCCGUCUGCUGCUCGGUACUUCGCGGCCAAAGGCAAGAUGCACCCCUCAGGCUUCGACACCCGCGCUGUUGCUUCUGACGAGGCGGCGACAUUCAUCAGCAUCUCACAGGGAGAAACCGUCAACGCAAUCGAUGAUAGGAUCCGAGAAAUCCUUGACGCCAACUCGUUCACGCAGAAGAUCAGCUUCAUCAAAGAUGUGUUGAAAGUGUGGAUCAAGUACGGGCGUCUUGGAGGCCGUCCAUCAUCCAAAGGCUCUUCUGCCUCCGAGCCCUCCGAGAUGUUCUGGCAAGGCAAUCAAGAACGCCCCCAGCCGGGAGGCCAUGGAACUAAGUUUGUAUGGGUGACCGUUGGGGCUCCGGAUGGCGAUGGGGAGUAUCGCUCCAUUGUCAUCAAAGACAAUGACGAGAAACGUGCGGAGAUGGAUCACGAGAAGGAGAUGGAGCUGCUGAAGGAGCGGUUUCGAGCUAUGCCUAUCGACCGCGAUGCCUGA